AUGUCCGAAGAGAUUGAAAAGAUAUACGACGAUCUCGUGACGGCUGGGCUGCUCCCCGGUGUUUCUGUCUUUGCAGGAGACAGAAAUGGUAAACUUCUCUACACUAAAUCAGUGGGUAAAGGAAGCCUCAAAGAUGACGCUGACCUUGCCCUCACUGAGUCCACCAUGUGCAUUAUUGCUUCAAUGACGAAGCUAAUGACUUCGGUUGCGGUGCUCCAGUGUGUUGAAGAUGGAAAGCUCGACCUCGAUCAGGAUGUGAAGUCUUUGCUUCCUGACAUAGGCAAGCAUGGUAUCCUCACUGGCUUUGAUGGUGACACCCCGGUUCUUGAACCGAACACUACGCCGAUCACCCUGAGGCUGCUCCUCACGCACACCUCGGGUCACGAAUAUGAUUUCAUCAGUUCGACUAUCGCUAAAUGGCGAGCAUCUCGCAAUGAGACGCCAUGGCUAGGCAAGACUGUCGAGGAGAAGUCGGUAGUGCCUCUGCUCUUUACUCCGGGGACCGGGUUUGCAUACGGCCAUGGCCAUGACUGGGCAGGCAAGGCAAUUGAGAAAGCGACUGGCAUGACCCUCGAGGAAUUUAUGCGUCUUCGCAUAUGGACACCAUUGGGGAUCGAGAAUGACGCCAGUUUCUUCCCCGAGUUGAGGGAAGACAUGAAAAACCGCCUGGCCACCGUGAGCACGCUCAGCGAAAAGGGCGAGCCACCAGCUGUCUAUGCCGAGCAGUUUGACGCGCGUUUCGGAGCAACAGACUGUCUGGGCGGCGGACCUUGCUGGAUUACCCCCCGCGCGCAUUUCACUUUCCUCUCGGCCGUCGCCCAACGCGAUCCCAAGCUCCUGAAACCCACUUCAUACCAGGAGCUUUUCCGGCCGCAGCUUGACGAGGUAUGCGAGAAAGCCAUGAACGACUGUAUUGCAAGCUCGCCGGUAUACACGCAUUUGCUUGGCUUGGGCAUUGCGCCGGCUCACAGAGUCACCUGGAGUCUCGCUGGCAUGUUCGUGAAGCAGGACAUUGAGGGGCAUUGUUCGGAGGGAACUGUGUUGUGGGCAGGUGCUACGACCAGCCAGUGGUUCAUUGACAGCAAAGCUGGUGUCUUUGGCACUUGCAUUGCUCAGAUAUUACCCCCCAUGUUCCCCCCGGUGAUGCAGGAACAUGCUAAAUUUCAGCAGUUGGUCUACCAGAAGUUCGGGCAAAAGUAA